UUCUGAUCUCCAUUGUCCACCUGUCACCAACACAUGUCCUAUAGGCAGCACGUAUGACAUAAGUUUCUGUGGGAAGUAGUGACAGGUGGAAUGGAAUGUUGGGAAAUCCAGGGCAUAUCUUUAUUAGGAUUGUGCAGAGUCCGUAGGUCAGUGUUAUAGGUAAGGAUCAUACAGAGCCGGAGCCACGUGUUUGUGAAACAAGAAGGGAGGAUUCAGCCUUGUGCCCACCAAAGCAGCAGACAUAGGCUCCGUUGGGAGAGGACAUGACAUGGCAGAAUUCUCUAUAAGAAGAUACAAGAGGAGUGACUAUGAUACCGUUCGGCGCAUAUUUGCACAGGGAAUGAUGGAGCAACUCCCAGCCACCUUGUUGUAUUUGCUGAAACUUCCCCAGAUCCAGGUGCUUCUAUUCAUUCCAUUCAUCACUUUCUAUCUGCUUUCCAAGUCCUACACAUUCUCCUUUGGAAGCCUGGCUCUCCUGAUGGCUGCCAGUUGGUAUGGCUUAAAGUCAAUCUUCUCCCACUAUGUGAAUAAGUGCCACAGAGCAGAUCUACUGGACAUUGAGAAGUCCUAUAUGUUGAAUGGCAAUUCCUGCUUCUGGGUGGCAGAAUCUGAUGGGAGAGUAGUGGGAAUGGUGGGAAUCCAACCCACCCAAGAUUCCAAGGAUGCAAUGGUCCUCCGUCGGCUCUCUGUUGCAUCUGACCAGCGGGUGCGGGGCAUUGGCAAGGCCCUUUGCAUGAAAGCCAUUGACUUUGCCAGGCAGCGUGGGUACCGGAGAGUGAAUCUGGACACAUCUAUGAUUCAGCAUGCUGCGCACAGGCUGUAUGAAGGAAUGGGCUUUGAGAAAACUGAUGUCAAAAUCCUUCCAAGCAUUACUAGAAGAUUCACACAUUUCUCUGUUUUCUAUUACACAUUCUGGAUUGAGUAAUCAUGGGCUGUCACCUCAAUGGCACAUUCAUUGUAUACGCUUCUGCCCACCAUGAUGGUUUGUUUGGGGCAGUCCAGUGUUAUAUUUACCGCACCCUCACCUUAUCCACUUUCCUGCACUGGUGGUGCUGGUGAAAACCCCCCGAAACGUUGAUGUGUGGUGAAAAUAACAAUAAAUAACCUGCUGAUUAUGAAGUGUGUGCGGAGCCGUGAUUAUACUGCAAUUUGUUUGGGGCAGUGCCAGGGGCACAGGUACUUGUAAAUGCUUUAUAUUAUACGUUCUAGUGGGCAGGGUCCUACCAUCCCAUGUUUAUUCUAUAAGCCUUGUCUGUUCAAUGAUUGUGAGACCUCUGUUUAAUAUAAAUUAACCUAAAGUGCUGU